ACCAGCUCUGGUGGGGGGAACCUUAAAGUAACCUAGUGUUCAACUGAAGAUGUCUGACAGCGCAGAGUCUCCGACAGAAACGCAGAAAGAAGAGCCACAGCCGCCCGCAGAUGACUCUGCGACAAGCGAAGAGAAGAAGAAAAUCGACGUGCUGCUGAAGGCGGUGGGAGACACUCCCAUCAUGAAGACCAAGAAGUGGGCCGUGGACCGGGGCAGGACGGUGCAGUCCCUCGCCCAGUUCAUCUCCCGCUUCCUCAAACUGGACGGCAAUGAACAGCUGUUCAUCUAUGUUAACCAAUCCUUCGCUCCGUCACCGGAUCAGGAAGUCGGCGUCCUCUUCGAUUGUUUCGGCAGCGAUGGGAAGCUGGUUCUACAUUACUGUAAAUCUCAGGCGUGGGGUUAACGGCCUCCUGCACACGUUGUUGUUGUUGUUGUUGUCUUUCAGUUUUUUAUGUACAUACACUGUAAAUAAAUUAUUACGACAAUGUUAAAAGCUC